AUGCGCGGCGCUCCCCGCUCAUGCGCAGUGGCGGUGGGCGUGGCCUCGGCGCUCGCGCUGCUCCUCCACCUAUGGGCGCCUUCGGCCCCGCCCCCCGUGGACCUCACUGGCCACGCCCCCUUCGUCCUGGCCCCGCCCCCCGGGGCGGGCCCGGCGCGCGCCUACCCCCACGUGACCUUCCGCCUGCGCCGUGACGUCAUCGGGCUGCUCCCCGGCAACAGCUGCUCCUGCUCAGCGGAUCCGGAGCCUCUGUUCGGGCAGAGCAGAGUCAGUGACGUCAGCAGCAGCCUCGGAGCCAAUGAGAGACUGAGGAGGGAGAGAGAGUACAGAGAGUACAGGCUGAGGGUUCAGUCUCCUGCCGAUCGACUCCUCAUUGCUCCAGCAAACUCCCCCCUCGAGUAUCCGGUUCAGGGGGUGGAGGUUCGACCCCUGCAGACGGUUCUGGUGCCUGGGCUCAGCCUUCAGGCGGCACCAAGGGAGAGCUAUGAGGUGUCCCUCUCAGCCUCCAUGGGCACACUGACGGUGGCUGCGGCUGUAGAUGGGGUGACGCUGAGGGGGGAGGGGCAGUCCCAGUUCUCCAUCUCCAGCCCCAGUUUGGACCAUUUAAACCGACAGCUCCAGUUUGUCACCUACACCAGUACAGUCUAUCACCCCAGUACAGCUGACAUCGUGCAGUUCAGGACCCAGGGACAUGAGGCCUCAUUCACCAUCCGCAUCCGGCACCCGCCGGCCCCAAGGCUCUAUGGGGACAGCGACGGGGAUGGAGGUUACAACAUCUCAGCCCUGGUCACCGUUGCCACCAAGACCUUCCUGCGCUAUGAGAAGCUCCGAGCUCUGAUCAGCAGCAUCCGACGGUUCUAUCCGACUGUAACUGUGGUUGUAGCUGACGACAGCCCCAGGCCUGAACCCCUGCACGGGGCUCACAUCGAGCACUACCUCAUGCCCUUCGGCAAGGGCUGGUUCGCAGGCAGGAACCUGGCAGUGUCUCAGGUCACCACCAAGUAUGUUCUAUGGGUGGACGACGACUUCAUCUUCACACCGAGAACCAGACUGGAGAAACUGGUGGAUGUGCUGGAGAAAACCAGUUUGGAUCUGGUGGGUGGUGCUGUGCGGGAGCUCUCCGGGUUCACCACCAGCUACAGGCAGCGGCUGCGGCUGUUGUCCGGUGGUAGCUCCGGUGACUGUCUCCGCUCCCAGCCUGGCUUCCACCAUCGGCUCUUGGGGUUCCCCUCGUGUGUUGUCACCGACGGAGUCGUCAACUUCUUCAUGGCCAGGACGGAUAAAGUCAGAGAGGUUGGAUUCGAUCCCAGGCUCAGGAGGGUGGCGCAUCUGGAGUUCUUCCUGGACGCUCUGGGUCUGCUCCACGUUGGUUCCUGUGAGGAUGUGGUUGUUGAUCACGCGUCGAAGCUGUCGCUGCCCUGGCGGCGCUCGGAGCGCGAGCGGCUGUACCUGCACUACCGCUACCCGCGGGACAACAGCCGCGGCCUCCGGUACCGCAUCCUGUACUACAAGAACAGGCUGCAGUGCAUGGCUGGGAACUGACGGCACUGGGAA